AUGGAGGUGUUCUACUACUUGGUUUUCGGGGUUCUGGGCCUCGUCGUCGCGGCGUUGGAGCUUAGCAAGAACAACAAGGAUCGGAUCAACACUUCUUCAGCUUUCAAUUCCUUCAAGAACAAUUAUCUCCUCGUCUACUCGCUCAUGAUGGCGGGUGACUGGCUGCAGGGUCCAUAUGUGUACUAUCUUUACAGUACUUAUGGGUUUAGUAAAGGAGAGAUUGGACAGCUUUUCAUCGCUGGUUUUGGCUCCUCUAUGUUGUUUGGUACCAUCGUUGGAUCUCUAGCCGACAAACAGGGUCGUAAGAGGGCGUGUGUGACGUACUGUAUCACGUACAUAUUGAGCUGCAUCACCAAACAUUCUCCUCAAUAUAAGGUUUUGAUGGUAGGCCGUGUGUUGGGAGGCAUCGCUACUUCUCUUCUGUUUUCAUCAUUUGAAUCUUGGCUAGUCGCUGAGCACAAUAAGAGGGGCUUUGAGCAACAAUGGCUGUCUGUGACAUUUUCAAAGGCUGUGUUUUUCGGCAAUGGUCUUGUUGCGAUCAUCGCUGGAUUGUUUGGGAACUUGCUUGUUCAUUCCUUCUCUCUUGGCCCUGUUGCGCCGUUUGACGCUGCAGCAUGCUUUCUUGCUAUUGGAAUGGCUGUCAUUCUAUCAUCCUGGUCAGAGAACUAUGGAGAUCCUUCCGAGAGCAAGGACUUGCUUACCCAGUUCAGAGGUGCUGCAGUGGCCAUUGCCUCUGAUGAAAAGAUUGCACUGUUGGGUGCCAUCCAGUCGCUCUUUGAAGGAUCUAUGUAUACUUUUGUGUUCCUCUGGACUCCUGCUCUAAGCCCCAACGAUGAGGAGAUUCCCCAUGGUUUCAUUUUUGCAACAUUUAUGCUGGCCUCGAUGCUCGGCAGUUCCCUUGCAUCUCGUCUGUUGGCUCGCUCGUCUCCCAAAGUGGAAAGUUACAUGCAGAUUGUCUUCCUAGUUUCUGCUGCCUCACUAUUGCUUCCAAUAUUAAUGACUCUGUUCAUAGCACCUACAAAGGUAAAAGGUGGAGGAAUCUCGUUCUCAGGUUGCUUUCAGCUCCUCGGGUUCUGUAUAUUUGAGGCGUGUGUAGGACUGUUUUGGCCAUCCAUAAUGAAGAUGAGAUCCCAAUACAUCCCUGAAGAAGCCAGAAGCACAAUCAUGAACUUUUUCCGCAUUCCUCUGAAUAUCUUUGUCUGCGUUGUCUUGUACAAUGUGAAUGCGUUCCCAAUCACGGUCAUGUUUGGCAUGUGCUCGAUCUUCCUCUUUGUUGCGAGUCUCCUGCAAAGGCGGCUCAUGCUGAUUGUUGACAAGCCAAAGACAAAUGAAUGGACACAGCUUAAUGAAAGAAACACAGAGGAAGAUCCCCUCAACAUUUGA